UCUCUCUCUCUCUCUCUAAACCUGGAGCUAGGCGGUUUUGGCUUAGCCAGGCGGGCCUGCCUGGCGGGUCCUUCUCCUUGGAGGCGCACAACCCCGCUUGGCUAUCUCCGCGUGCCUUUGCAUAUAUAGGAAGGAAGCUCUCUCCUCUUGGCAUCAGCAGCAGGGGCGCCAGAUACUGCUGCUUGCCCGGCUUCUUCUCCUCUCUGAUCCAAGCCAUCCUGUGGCUUCCCCAAGCUCACUUCUUCUCUUGGAGGAUGGAGGGGACAAAGAAGCAGGUUUUCACGAUCCAGGUGGAGGAUGGAAAGCCCGGGAAGGACGGCCGACCAGCGGUGGGGCCGGUGUUCCGGAACAUACUGGCCAAGGAUGGGUUCCCGCCGCUUGAUCCUGACAUGAGAACCUCAUGGGAUGUGUUCAGAACAGCAGCAGGGAAGUAUCCAGACAACCGGAUGCUUGGAUGGCGUCCAUUUAAAGAUGGAGUGCCAGGGCCCUACUUAUGGAAAUCAUACAAGGAUGUCUAUGAGGAAGUCCUGCAAAUUGGAUCUGCACUGCAGCAGCUAGGGGUGCAGCCAGGUUCCAGGGUUGGAAUUUAUGGAUCCAACUGCCCUCAAUGGGUGGUAGCAAUGCAGGCUUGCAAUGGCUACAGCAUAAUAUGUGUCCCACUAUACGAUACUUUAGGUGCAGGAGCUGUUGACUACAUUAUUGACCAUGCUGAGAUUGAUGUUGUCUUCAUACAAGACAAGAAAAUAAAAGAAAUACUGUCCCCAAAUUGCACAUCUGCGACGAGGCUAAAAGCAUUGGUGGCAUUCACCUCGGCAAAUAAUGAACAAAUCAAAGAUGCCGAGCAGAUUGGGAUGAAAGUGUACUCCUGGAAUGAUUUCUUAAAAAUGGGAAAGGAUAAACCAGUUCAACCUCGUCCUCCGCAACCAAAUGAUACAUGCACCAUCAUGUACACAAGUGGAACAAGUGGGCAACCCAAAGGUGUUAUGCUGAGCCAUGAGAGCCAUGGGAUGUAUGUCAAAGGGGUGGACCUCUUCAUGGACCAGUUUGAAGAUAAGAUGUCGACGGAGGAUGUAUUUCUUUCUUUUCUCCCACUUGCUCACAUUCUCGACCGCAUGAUCGAAGAGUAUUUCUUCCACAAAGGAGCCUCAGUUGGCUAUUACCAUGGAGAUUUGAAUGCCUUGAGAGAUGAUCUAAUGGAGUUAAAGCCAACUCUACUAGUUGGAGUGCCCAGAGUGUAUGAAAAGAUUUAUGAAGGUAUUUUAAAGGCCUUGGCGGAUCUCAGACCUCUCAGGAGGGUGAUUUUUAAUGCUUUGUACAACCGCAAACUAGCAGGCAUGAAAGCAGGCUACACACAAAAAACUGCUUCACCUUUCGCUGACAUGCUGGCUUUUCGCAAGGUCAAGGCAAGGCUUGGUGGUCGUCUUCGCCUACUAAUAUCCGGUGGUGCACCCUUAAGUACUGAAAUUGAAGAAUUCUUGAGAGUGACCAGCUGUGCAUACUUUAUCCAAGGCUAUGGUUUAACGGAAACACUGGGACCUAGCACAGUCGGUUACCCUGAUGACAUGUCCCUGGUUGGAACUGCCGGUGUUGCCGCCACCUUUACUGAACUGCGACUGGAAGAAGUUCCCGAGAUGGGUUAUGAUCCACUUGGCGUUCCUUCCCGUGGUGAAAUCCUCAUUAGAGGGACCACUGUUUUCACUGGGUACUACAAAAAUCCUGAGCUCACAAACGAGGUCAUGGUUGAUGGAUGGUUUCAUACAGGAGACAUUGGAGAGAUGACCCCGGAUGGAAUCCUGAAGGUUAUCGACCGGAAGAAGAACAUAUUUAAGCUAUCGCAAGGGGAGUAUGUCGCAGUUGAGUAUCUGGAGAAAGUAUAUGUCUUCCCUCCAAUUAUUGAAGAUAUCUGGGUGUACGGGGACAGCUACAAAUCAAUGUUAGUGGCAGUAGUUAACCCACAUGAAGAAAACACCAUGAAGUGGGCAGGGUCAAAUGGCUACAAAGGCUCUUUCAGUGAAAUAUGCAAAUCUGAAGGCCUUAAAGAGCAUAUCCUUAAAGAGCUCGCAGCGGCUGCACAGAAGAACAAGCUACGAGGUUUCGAGUACAUCAAAGGUGUAAUGUUGGACCCGGUACCUUUUGACAUUGAAAGGGAUUUGGUCACUGCAACAAUGAAGAAGAGAAGAAACUACAUGCUAAAGUAUUAUCAGCCUGAGAUUGAUAAAGUAUACAAAACAUUGGAGGGUCAGAGGGCUGCGAGCAAAGCAAAGUAAAGCUAUGUGUUUUGUUAGGUCACAUGCCGGAGUACUAUUGUAAAUCUACUAUUGAACGCUGGUAAUCGAGACUACAUAAAAGCAAUAAAAUGCAUAUUGUGUGGUGCA